ACUUUCUACCAUUUGUACUUACCGGUGUAACCUUAAAAUAAUCAUAACAUUGGAAGUGAAGACUGAGAAGAGGAAGGACGAACUUUGACAGCUUUGCAAUAACACCUGUUGCUCUUUAUUUAAAUAUUCGCGAUUUACCCUUGUUUAUGGUCAGUUGCGGUUAAGGCACAACCAGAACCAUGGGGUCGAUUUUCCGAAGCGAAUCGAUGUCCCUGUGCCAGCUCUUCCUUUCGAGUGAAGCUGCAUACAACUGUGUGUCAGAGCUUGGAGAGGUUGGACUGGUGCAGUUCCGAGAUUUAAAUCCUGAUGUCAAUGCAUUCCAACGUAAGUUUGUACAUGAAGUGCGAAGGUGUGAUGAAAUGGAGCGUAAGCUUCGCUACUUGGAAGGCAAAAUGAAAAAGGACAACAUCAAGAUCAUUGACACGGGUGAGAAUCCAGAAGCCCCGCAACCUCGUGAGAUGAUUGACCUUGAGGCAACCUUUGAGAAAUUAGAGAAUGAGAUGAUUGAGGUGAAUGCCAAUGCUGAAACACUGAAGAAGAAUUCCUUGGAGUUAACUGAACUCCUCCAUGUGCUGAGGGCUACACAACUCUUCUUUGCUGAGCAUGAAGCCAAAUCUCCCUUCGAAUCUGAACAGCGUGACGCCGAGCCCAACAGCAGCAUCACGCAGAACCUCAUUCCAGCAGAGGAAGGAAAGGGACCGAUUCAACUCGGCUUUGUCGCUGGUGUCACUCUUCGUGAACGGAUGCCAAUGUUCGAGCGCAUGUUGUGGCGCGUUUGUCGGGGCAACGUUUUUGUGCGUCAGUCAGAAAUCACUGAACCUCUUGAGGACCCUGUCACAGGAGAACAGGUGCGCAAGACAGUCUUCAUCAUCUUUUUCCAAGGUGAGCAGUUGAAGACGAAAGUAAAGAAGAUUUGCGAGGGAUGCCGUGCAACCAUGUAUCCCUGUCCUGAGAGUACUACUGAGCGAACUGAGAUGUCUCAAGGAGUUAAGGGACGUCUGGAUGAUCUGAAGACGGUUCUGAGUCAGACAACGGACCAUCGCCGGCGUGUGCUCGAGGCUGCAGCAAAGCAUAUUCGAGCUUGGUUCAUCAAGGUUCGGAAAAUCAAGGCCAUUUACCUGACCCUCAACAUGCUUAACUUGGAUGUCACAAACAAGUGCCUCAUUGCAGAAUGUUGGAUCCCUACUGAAGACCUCAUACGCAUCAGGGAAGCACUUCGUAAAGGGACAGAAAAGGCUGGUAGCUCAGUCGAGCCUAUCAUAAACUGCAUGGAGACUAGCAUCAAGCCCCCAACAUUCCACAGAACCAACAAAUUCACAAGUGCCUUCCAAAACCUCAUUGAUUCUUAUGGAGUUGCAACUUACCGUGAAGUGAAUCCAGCACUCUACACCACCACCACAUUCCCCUUCCUGUUUGCUGUCAUGUUUGGUGAUGCAGGUCAUGGUUUGAUCAUGUUGGUGUUUGCUGCUUGGAUGGUUCUUAGGGAAAAAGCUCUCAUUGCUGCAAAGAUGAAAGGAGAGAUCUGGAAUAUUUUCUUUGGUGGGCGAUACAUCCUCCUCCUGAUGAGCUUGUUCUCUAUUUACACCGGUAUAAUCUACAAUGACAUAUUUUCAAAGUCCUUCAACGUUUUUGGUUCCCACUGGAGCGUUGGAAACAGCACAAAUACAACGACUCCUGAAGAGAUUGACCAUCUGUGGUACAAGGAGAAGGAAUUGACCUUGGAUCCAAGAUACAGGGACAUAUAUGUUGGUGAUCCUUAUCCCAUUGGAUUUGAUCCAAUAUGGCAGAUAUCAGUCAACAAGAUCAAUUUCCAGAACAGUUACAAAAUGAAGAUCUCCAUCAUUAUUGGUGUGGUGCACAUGAUUUUUGGCAUCUCCUUAUCUCUCGUCAACCACUUGUUCUUCAGGAGAGCCAUUAGUGUCCUUUGCGAGUUUAUCCCACAGUUGAUCUUUCUGAUCUUCCUCUUCGGGUGGCUGUGUGUUAUGGUUAUCAUUAAAUGGAUUAGUUAUGGAAACGGGGAAGAAUUUGACAAAGCUCAUGACUCUUCUUGUGCUCCAUCCGUCCUCAUUACUUUCAUUAACAUGGUUCUUGUGAAACCUGACACGCCUGAAGAGGGAUCAGAGUGUAAAGUCUUCUUCUUCGAUGGGCAGUUUACCUUCCAGCUUGUUUUGCUCCUGGUUGCAUUGAUCUGCGUUCCAAUCAUGCUGAUACCUAAGCCAUUCUUCGUAAAAUAUGAAUACAAUAAGAAGAAGAAAGCUCACGCUGCACAACAUAUAGCAGACACUGGAGAAACAAGUGCAGUGAUAUCCAAUGAAGAGGAGGAAGAGGAGGAGUUCCAGUUUAGUGAGGUAUUCAUAGAACAAGCCAUUCAUACCAUUGAGUUUGUUCUGGGGUCCGUCUCGCACACAGCUUCGUAUCUCCGACUUUGGGCUUUGUCAUUGGCUCAUGGGCAACUGUCGGAGGUCUUGUGGAACAUGGUCAUGGCCCUUGGUCUGAAGCAGGAUAGCAUGGUUGUAGGGACUAUCAUGAUUUACUUCAUAUUCGCUGCGUGGGCAGCUCUAACUGUCAGCAUUUUAGUGCUUAUGGAAGGAUUGUCAGCUUUCCUCCACACUCUUCGACUCCACUGGGUGGAGUUCCAGUCUAAAUUCUACAAAGGCGAAGGGUAUCCAUUCACCCCACUGACAUUCAAGCACAUUAUAAAUGAGGACGAUGAAGAAGCUUAAUGGUUGUGGGUUUACAAUCCAUACUUUUAAAAUUAAUAUCUGGGGAAAAGAAAAUUUUUAAUAUUUGACUUUAUAGCUAAUUAUUUAUAUUUGCUUGGAGUUACUACAUCUGUCAAGUUGUACAAAACAGCCUUCUUAAUUUAAUGAUCAGUUAUUUAUUUAGGGUUCAUUUUUCAGGGAAUUCUUAAUUUAUUUUAAGUGACUUGAUAUAUUAAGUAGCUUUUUUUAAUAUGAUUCAUUACUUUAUGAUGUGACCAAGCGAAUUUCUCAUCACUUUGAAGGUUGUGGCACAAAAUGUGAAUUUGAACAAAAAAGAAAUCUUACCAUGUAAAUCCAGUUUUUAUUGUGCAGUAUAUUAAAAAAUAUCAGUAACAGAUUUGACUUAAUUUUGUAAAUGAUAUUAUAUAUAUAGAUAGAGUAGGGAGGCUGCAGAUUUGCUUGUGUUAAUUUGUGCCAUAAUUCUGAUAAUUUUUACAAAUGAUCAAAUUUGUGUUGUGCCAAGUUUCGUAAACACAAGCUGUACCGCCGUCCAUUCUGAUGAAAACGAUCAAAUUUAUUCUUGUGUUGUGGUUUUAGGUUGUCUUCCAUAUCUCUAAGAGCUGUGAAUCUUUAGAGUAACACUGGUAGUAUUUUUAAGGAGUGGAAUUCAUCUGUAGCUUGGCUAGUAUGUUUUUGCUCUUAUGCAGUUGAAGAUGACAAGAACUAAGUCAAACUUUCAAGACCCAAAAUUGACUUACGGCAUUUCUCUUGAGAUUCAAAGCCAGUAGAGAUAGGAACGUGGUGUUGUCCCUGAAAUGAAAAUUAUUAACAAAGUAAUCUUUUGGUGGUAAUUCCAGAACUAUUUGCAUUUCUAAUUGGCCUUGUUAUUUGGCUCUGUAAAUAUAUUAAAUUCUAAA